AUGAACCAAAGUCAAGUAGGCCAAAUCAUCAAGCUUAUGGUUCCGGAGGAUUUUAAAGAACUAUCUCUUACCUUUGGUAGGCAGGAGGCUGGCCCCAUGACCAUCGAGAUUGCAAUUAAAGUCUCUGACCAUAACUGCCCCACCAAAGUCUCCCUCAAAAGGCCAACUUCCACUCAAGAGGAUGAUAGUGUCACAGAGCCCAAGAGUGAAGACCUCAACCAACAACCAGUACAGGCACAGGCAAGCUCUUCAAAGUUCAAACAUGAAACGGCAUUGGACCUCUGCAAGCAGCUGUGCGAUCACAGCAUUAAGUCCUGGAGAUUGGUCUGGACUGUUGCUGUAACCUCAUUGGUAUGGCCACUAUGUGGAGUUCCUCCAACUUGGGGGGCAACUGAUUGGGCACGCAAUGGUGGAUCACUGUAUGCAAAUGGUGGGUGA